GGCGAACAAGGCACUCAAGAAUAACUUGCUGAGAAAAUCGAAAAAUCGCCAAAAUAAAAUCUACCCUUUCUACAAAAAUGAUAAAAAUUUCCACAAAAACCUGGUCAGUUAUACGAUGUUUUUGUACCGGUAAACGAUCCAAUCUGGUAGAAUCACUGACAGCAACAAUUGGCUUAGAUCCAAAAAUGCUCGCCGAUGCGCUCGACGCCUCGCCUCAACUAAACCGAUACACAUCGGAACAAUGGGUGAACACACACCACAUACUGGACCAGGAGGGCAUUGGGCCGUCGAAUUUUCUCUCCAUUGUGGUCCAACACCCUGACCUACUGGCUCGAUCUUCCGAUCGCUUGAUGGCUAACCUCAACGGAUGGCGUUCAUGUCAGUUUGGGGACCAGCAGUUGCAAACCCUGUUCACGGCACAUCCACAACUUUUGGACUUGGCCGACAGUAACCAAUUGACCAAACGGGUAUCGUUUCUUCAUUCAUACUUUGAAACAAGGAAGAAUGUUUGGCGAUUGUUUCUCAACUCGCCGGGGUUGGUCACGGACCGGCAGGACCAAAUAAAAUCUAAAAUUGAAUAUCUCAUCGACGAGAUGCGAGUCGAAAUACCGGAGAUAGUAAAAUCCUCUGCCUUAAACGUUGACCUGGAGGUGAUCCGAUGUAGGCACGUUUUCUUGGAACGAUUGGGACUUUACAAGGCGCGCAGUUUGAAAGCUGAUCCCGAUACACCGAGCACAAAUCCCAAGCUGCAUCAAAUCACCGACACUUCUGACAAGAGAUUCGCUGUGAAGGUGGCCUACGUGACCCUGGAAGAGUACGAAGUUUUUGUAGAACUAUUUCGAAGAGAGCAGGACCGCCGAUCGGGGGCAGCUGCCGAUAAAGACGAUUCUGACGCUUCCGAUGAUGAUGAAGAUGAAGAAAAGCAAUCGAAGUAUCGGAAGUACUCCAAAAAAAGACGAUAGUGUAUUGCUUUUGUAAUAAAAUUUGU